AUACAGGGAGAAGUGGGUGACGGUAAUCAUUGGAUCCAUGAGCUUGCCCAAUAUGGUGAUAUGGUUCUUCCUCUUGCUGGGUGUCUCGGUGGUCACCGUUCGAGUUCUCGGCCAGCCUAGUACUGACGGUUUCAUCAGCAUUGAUUGCGGCAUCCCCGAUGGUUAUACCUACACCGAUGACAAUACCAGUAUACCCUACGUCUCAGAUGGUCAAUUUAUAGACACCGGGACAAGUUACAACAUCUCAGCUAGUUACCUAGAUGAUACACUUCCGAGACAGCGGACGACCCUCAGAAGCUUUCCAACUGGAGCUCGAAAUUGUUACACCUUAAGGCCCGUGAUGCAAGAUGGCAAGUAUCUCAUCAGAGCCACCUUCACGUACGGAAACUAUGAUGGCCUACAUCGUGCACGUCCGGAUAACCCAAUACUAUUUGAUCUUUAUAUAGGGGUUAAUCUUUGGAAGUCCAUAAACAUCUCUAAUGCAUCUUUUACAUAUAGCACUGAGGUUAUGACCAUUGCUUCAGCCGAGUUCAUCUCAGUUUGUUUGAUAAACAACGGAUCCGGAACUCCUUUCAUAUCUUCGCUUGAGCUGAGACCGCUGGAGAAUACUAUGUAUAGGGCGGUAAAUGACUCGUACUCUCUGGUUCUUUACUCUCGACUCAACCUGGGAACGACGACGGAUAAGACAGUGAGGUUCCCCGACGACGGUUACGACCGCGUGUGGAGACCCUGCAGAAACGAGCCUGACUGGUCCGAGGUCUCCACCACCUCAAGAGUCAGGAACUAUCCGAAGGAUGUUUUCGAGGCGCCUUCGGCCGUCAUGCAGACCGCGGUGAUACCGGCGAACUCCAGCAGUCUAAAUUUCUACUGGGAUAUCGAAGACGGGGACCCCGCAUCCGAAUACUACGUUAUCCUGCACAUUUCGGAGCUCCAAAACCUCACCGGAAAUAAGAUGAGACAAUUUGAUGUCUACGGGAUCGAAAGAAUGUCACCGCCCAACCCACACAGCCCGCUCUACCUCGUGUCGGACUCCAUCUUUGGCAACACCUUGGAGACCGGAUAUAGUCGGUACAACGUCUCCCUCGAUGCGACGACAGAUUCCACCCUUCCACCGAUCCUCAAUGCUCGCGAGAUCUAUGCUAUCAGGCCCCUAUCGAACGUCACAACCGACAUCCGAGAUGUUGAUGCAAUAAUGGCAAUCAAAGUACAGUAUCAAGUGAAGAAAAAUUGGAUGGGUGAUCCAUGCAGUCCAAAAGAUUAUGCUUGGGAUGGAGUCAGUUGUGAUGCUUCAAUGAUCGUAGCCAUAAACUUGUCUUCGAGUGGAUUGACUGGUGUGAUAGGCUCCUCUUUUGCCCGGCUCAAAGCAAUUGAGUACCUGGAUUUGUCUUACAACAACUUAACAGGACCAAUACCUGAUUUUCUAGCAGAUUUAUCAUCCCUCCAAGUCUUAAAUUUGACAGGCAACCAUUUCAACGGAACAAUCCCGGAUGCCCUCCGUUCGAAAAAGGACAAAGGGUUGCUUGUCUUAAGUAUCGACCCAUGCAUCGAUGAGAAUCCAUGUCCUAGUAAGAAGAACAAGAAGAAGAUCACAGCACCUAUUAUUGUGAUUCUUUCAGUAGUUGGUGUCGUUCUUUUGCUUGUGCUGAUGUUCAUUGCGUGGAGAUUGAGACAAAGGGUGCCAGGUAUGACCCCAGGUGCCUCUGCGAGGCUAGGCAGUGAAGAUUGCUCUGGACAAAAGAUGGAUUUUGAAAGUUAUCCACUGCAAUUUGAGAGUCGGCAAUUCACAUACAUGCAGUUGGUGAAUAUGACCGACGACUUUGUUCGAGUCAUUGGCAAAGGAGGAUUUGGGAUGGUCUACCAUGGGUGCUCAGAAAAUGGUACGGAAGUUGCAGUCAAGAUGCUUUCUGAAUCAUCAUCACAAGGGGCCAAGGAAUUUCUGGCUGAGGCCCAGAACUUGACAAGGAUUCAUCACAGGAACCUUGUUUCUUUGGUUGGCUACUGCAAAGAUGGAAAUUACCUGGCACUUGUUUAUGAAUACAUGCGUCGAGGAAACCUUCGAGAGAAUCUGAAUGGUGUAUCUGAGUUGGGAGGAACCUUGAGUUGGAGAAAGCGUCUACAAAUAGCGCUUGAUGCUGCACAAGGUCUUGAGUAUCUACACAAGGGAUGUAAGCCACCAAUAAUACACAGAGAUGUGAAGACCAGCAACAUUCUCUUGGGAGAAGAUCUAGAGGCUAAGAUAGCAGAUUUUGGGCUGGCCAGGGCUUUCCACAGCGACGCCCACACUCAUGUAUCCACGCUGAGGGUGGUUGGCACUCCAGGAUAUAUUGACCCAGAGUUCCAUAACUCUUUCCAGCAGAAUGAGAAAAGCGAUGUAUAUGGCUACGGCGUGGUCCUUUUAGAGCUGAUCACAGGCCAGCCUCCCCUACUACCGCCAGGUCCCGAGACGGUUCACAUAGCUCAACGAGUGGCCUCAAAGCUUGCCAGAGGGAACAUAGACGAUAUUGUUGAUGCAAGGCUGCAAGGAGAGUAUGACGCCAAUUCUGUAUGGAAGGUUGUGGAACUAGCAAUGAAGUGCACCGCACAAGCAUCUACCCAAAGGCCGACGAUGUCCGAUGUGGUGAUGCAGCUAAAGGAGAGCUUGGCACUGGUCAAUGAAGGCAUCGACGUUAGCCAGGACGGUGCAUUUGAAAUACCUGGAAAAGGAUCAGUAACAGCUGGUCCGACUGCAAGAUAAGACUGAUCUCGCUAGUCUCUCUUUCCGUGUUUGUUCUUGUAAGAGAUAUGCUGUUGCAGUUGUGUAUUAGGACAUGUUUGAAGUUGUUAUGUUGGGUGUGCUGUGUAGUAUGUCAUGGUUUUUCUCCAUAGGGUUUCUGUGCUCCAGAAAGACUCCAUGAUACGAUUGGCAAUUCUGGACCGGAAAUGUGGUGUGCUAUGUCAUAUAUAACUAUUUCUGUGCAUGGUAGUAUCUUUUUGCUCUAAAAUCUGAACCUGAAACCAUACUAAAUUUUUUCAUCCUCCUUGAUUACCGCAUAGAUUAAGCAAUCUCAAAGGUUCCAUCUCUAUGAAACUUCUGUGAUGAUAGGAAAUUUUUUUUACCAUGCAGUUAUAGCAUUUUUGUGAACUUUUCCUUUUGGACUUGCAGGUUAAUCUUCAAGUUUUGUCUUUACCAUUGCAGGUAAGGCAACCAUGCUACUCGUCCACCAUUUGGUAAGAGGGUGACUGGCGAUUGUUGUUGCCAACAGAGAAGGCAGACGCUUGAGAGCAACAGAAUUUUGCAAGCAUUGAAUUUGUAGCUAUGGACUGAAUCAGGUGCACUAUCGUGCUAGGCUACAAUCAUAUUAAAGGACAGCUUUGUGCUCUACAAGCGUUCAUAAGACUUUCCAGCCUUGGGGAUAAAUUUAGAUGGUUGUUAGAAAAAUUAUCUUCAAAUCCCUAGGUUGGCCAAAUCAUUUUUUAUUGAUCAAUUUACUGUUCACAUUCAGUUUAAGACCUCAUCUUUCAUGAGUUGUUUUUGACUCAGUUUAUGAUAAGUAUGGUGUUUAGUAAAAUGCAAUAUAUUCCUUCUUGCUCGAA